AUAUUCUUGAAUACUUCCAUUAUCAUUAUGAUUUAUCAACUAUUAAUUUUAUCAUCAUUAAUUAAUAUUCUAACUUCAUCAGCCAUCAAGGAAUAUCACAGUUAUGAAAGUGAAUUCAAUAAUAUAAAAUUCAACCAACUUAAACAUAUAUAUCAUCAUUUUAUCUUAAAUCAAAAUCCAGCUAAUCCUUCAUGUUUCGGUUGUAAAUCUGGAUUAUGGUUGGCUAAAACAUUUGUCUUUGGUAGUAAACAAUUUGUACAUGAUCAUAUUGAAGUGACUUGUAAAAAUUUAAAAAAUAUUUAUCAACCUUGUAAAAGAAUAUUAACUGAAUUUCUGGAUUACGCUUAUGAUCUGAUAUAUGCUUACAGUUCAGCUGAUCUAUGCGCACUUGCUGGGAUAUGUGCCAAUCCACCGAAAAUUGACUUUUGUCCACUUUGUUUAAUGAGUGUAGCGGAAGGCAAAAAUAUAUUAUUAUCCGAUGCUCUUCUAAAUGAAUUACAAUCUGUAUUUGUACAUGUAUGUGAUUAUGUAAGAUUGGAAGUAGAAUGUUCCACAUUUUUGAAUGAACUUUAUGAGAAUGUUGUCGAUAUAAUCAAACAUGUUGUAGAACCACAUUUCGUUUGUCAGCUUGGUCACAUGUGUAAUGCAACAUAUACAGAAGGAUCGGGUUACAUUAGAAUUGCAUAAAAGAACACUUUUUUUAUUGGUAAACAAAAUGUAUUGUUAUUACAAUUUUAGAAUCAGCAUACAAAAAUAAAUGGAUCAUUUAGA